AAAUCUUUUUUCUUCUCUCAAUACAUUAUAAUACAUUCUUAUUUUUGAUUGAUUUAAGGUUUUACAUAAGAAGCGUAGAACACCAGAAAAUACCAGUAUGGGCACUCUCAUCAAUAUCAAUCUGGAUCAGUGAGUAUUCUUUUACUAUUUAUUUCAAUUUUUGUUCUUAUUGAGCUGAGGGUAUACCAGAAACAACCUCUCAACCUCUACCUCACAAGUGAGGUAGUGGUAUAGACUGCGUACGCUCUAACCUGGGUAUAUUGUUGCUGUUGGUGUUUUAUUCCAUAUAGGUUAUAGGAUCCAAUGACAAUUUUUAAAAUAUGACAUUGUAGUCAUAUUAGAGGUCCAUUUUCUUUACAAUUGGUAGAUGCACUCAAAUAAUUCUUACUGAUUUCGAAUUUCAUUACUUUUAUGUGUAUAUGUAUAGUGGUGAUCCAGUAAUGUACGAGUCAUAUUGGAGAAAAAUGGGGAAUAUGUGUGACAUAACAUUCGAUGGUUAUGAGUCAUUGAGUUAUUUUGCUAAUGGCUAGAGCUUGUGUUGGUUCUUGGAGUCCAAACUAGAGGAAGAAAUCAGGAGGCUGCACAAUGUGGUUGGAAAUGCAAUUGUGGAUGAUUAUUAUGUUGUUAUUGGCAAUGGAUCCAGCCAGCUUAUUAUGGCGGCACUCUAUGCUCUUUCUCCUACAAAUCAACCACACCCAAUCAACGUCGUUGCAGCUGCACCUUUUUAUUCGUCAUAUCCAGAAAUGACUGAUUUUGAGAGGUCAGAGCUACACAAAUGGGCAGGAGAUGCAAGAAAUUAUGACAAAGAUGAACCAUAUAUUGAGUUCAUAACAUCUCCAAAUAACCCUGAUGGGGUUAUUAGAGAGCCUGUAGUUAAUGGAGAUCAAGGAAAAUUAAUCCAUGAUUUAGCUUAUUAUUGGCCACAGUACACUGCUAUCACCUCACCUGUCAACCAUGAUGUUAUGCUCUUCACUGUUUCCUAAUGCACUGGCCAUGCUGGUUCUAGAAUCGGUUGGGCACUUGUUAAGGACAAAGAGGUGGCAAGGAAGAUGAUAAAGUUCAUGGAGGUUAGCACAAUUGGGGUAUCAAAGGAAGCUCAACUUAGAGCUGCUAAGAUUCUUGGAGUAAUCUCUGAUAGCUGUGUGAAUCCCACAUUGGAUAAUUUCUUUGAAUAUGGUCAGUCUCUUUUGACUGACAGAUGGCAGAGGUUAAGACAAGUUGUUAAGGCCAAUGACCUUUUUGUCCUCCAAAAAUACCCUCUUCAGUAUUGCCUCUUCACAAAAAAGUUCUCUGAAUCACACCCUGAAGUGAAGAGGACUGUGAGAAACUUCUCAAAGGACAUAAGCUUCAAACAAGGGGUGGAGAAAAAUUUGGGAGUUAUUCAAGAAAUGUUAGGAUAAGUAUGUUGGGCAAAGAUCAAGACUUCAACAUUUUUCUACAGAGGCUUGAGGCUAUUCAAGAACUUCCAGAUGGAAAUUAAGACAUAUCUAUGCAUGAGAUAAUAAUUUUUUCAAUUUAUAUAUUAUUACUUUUUAAGUAAAAUAUUCUUACUAUCAGUGGGUGAUAGUCAAGACUUCAUAUUUAUGGUUAAGACUUCAUAUUUAUAUCUAAUGAGAUACAUAUUUAUUUAAAUGUGUGUUUUCAUUCUUUUAUAUGAGAAGUAUACUGUUAUUUG